AUGGCGACUGUGGAAGUGAGAGAGGCGCCGGACACGGGGGCGCUGCAGGAUCAACUACCCUCCCGCACAGUGCGACUCUUCAUUAGCUCAACUUUCAAAGAUAUGAGCUGUGAACGAAAUGCAUUCUGGGAGAAAGUAUACCCUGAGCUUCAGACUCACUGUCAGAGCAUGGGGCUCGUAUUAGAGGUCGUGGAUUUGAGAUGGGGAGUGAACGAUGCCGUUGCUGAUGAUCACAUGACCUCUGACCUCUGUUUGCAUGAACUCCAGGCGUGUCAGAGAGCCGCCUGCCACAUUUUUAUAGCUUUGCUGGGUAAUCAGUAUGGCUAUCGUCCCAUUCCUCGCCUCAUUCCAGAGAGAGAGUUUGAAAUACUGCUCAGCAAACUGUCCAGUGACGGCGAGGGUUUAAAGCUUCUCAAUCAAUGGUUUCAAAAGGACAGCAACUCAGUCCCACCUGUCUAUGUCCUUCAGCCAAUCAGCACUCAUUAUCCUCACUUUGGAAAGAGGAGACCUGAGAGAGAUCAGCAGAGCGGUGAUGAGGCGGUGUCCUGGCAGUUCACAGAAUCACGACUGUCAGGGCUCCUCCGCUCUGCUGCACUCCAAGCCCAGAGAGACGGCGACUUCAGUGAGGAGCAGAAACACAAGUUCAUCAAAUCUGUGAUAGAGUGGGAGAUAGAGCAGGGGAUUCUGGGAGAUUCUUCUUCCUCCGCUGUGGUUUUUGUGCGGGAGCUGCCUCGUCUGAAGAAAAACGAGACACAGAAGAAUUUGUCGCUCUUUCUGGACCUGACUCCAGAUGGUUUGGUGGACGCUGAGGCCCAGGAGCUCCUGGUCAGUCUCAAGCAGCGUCUUUACAGCAUCUGCUCAGACUCACUCAACCUGCAGUGUGUGGAGCUCAGCAGAGGAGCCGUUGACCCCAGCCGUAAAGAACAUAAGGACUAUCUGCGGAACCUGAGUGAACAGCUCGUGGUUCAGAUAAAGGGGAGAAUUGAAAAAUGCUCUGUUCUGCCACCGGGUGGCGCUCACUGGGACUGGUGGAAAGAGGAGUUCAUUCAUCAUGCCCAGCUUGGUGCAGAAAUGUGCGUGACCUUCAGUGGCCGUGAGGGCAUUCUGGGAAAGAUCUGCCUCGCCAUGUGGGAGGCGACGAACAAGUGUCAUGCUCCACUGGUGUUGUAUGGGAGCACUGGAAGCGGGAAGACAGCACUCCUGUGUCAGCUGGCCCAAGAGAUGCGCGGUCUGAUUGGCUCAAAGGCCACCGUGGUGCUACGACUUCUGGGAACAUCUCCCAGGAGCUGUGAUGUGGAGUCACUCCUGUUUGGCCUCUGUCUCCAAAUAUGUAGAGCGUUCGGAAUGCCCCUGUUCUGCUCACAGGGUCCGAACAUGCUUCAGGAGCUGACGCGGUUUUUCCUCAGCACGCUGUGGAAAGUCUCAGCCCAAGGCAACACUCUCCUCCUUAUCCUGGAUUCGCUGCACCAGCUGCUGCCCGGGAAUGGGGCCCACAGCUUACACUGGCUGCCCAGGGAAGUCCCGCCCAAUGUUCACCUGCUGGUUUCCACUCAAGAUGUUGGUUUUCCUUUGCUUCAGAACCUUCGGCACAUGCUGGAGGAAUCCAGAAAUUUCUUUGAGUUGGAGUCACUGACGCGGGAUGAGGGUAGAGGCAUUGUGGAGACUUACAUGCGUGCAGCCAAACGUGUUUUGACCGCGGAGCAAUCAGAGGCUGUCCUAACCAGGUUCCAGCAGACCAACAGCCCUCUGCACCUCAGACUGAUGCUGGACGCUGCCAGACACUGGACCUCCUACACCGCCAUUUCCAACAUCAACCUUGGCACCUCUGCACAGGAAGUGAUGACACUCUCUCUUGAGUCACUGGAGGAGAGGCACGGCAAGCAUCUGGUGGGACAUGCGCUGAGUUACAUUGUUGCAUCAAAGCUUGGUCUCUCUGAGGCAGAACUUAGAGAUGUUCUGUCGCUGGAUGACGAGGUUCUGGCUGAUAUUUACCGAUACCAGCUCCCAUCAUGCCACACCCUUAUUCGUCUGCCCUCUCUUCGGUGGACUCGCCUAAAGCAUGAUUUAGGAGAACACCUCACGGUCAGACGGACCCAUGGCGUCGACCUUCUGAGGCUCCGUCACAGGCAGUUUUCUGAGCUGAUCAGGGAGAGGUACCUGUCUGGAGAGAGGCGGGGCCAGGUGCAUGCUGUCCUGGCUGAGUAUUUCCUGGGGAAUUGGGCUCAGGGGCGGCCCAAAUCCGUUCUGCUCCCCUCUGUGACACACCCACUGGAGGCAGACAGAAAGGUGCCUCUCCAGCCUCUCUGGUUGGCUGAAGGAAUUCCCAAUCACAGAAAGCUACAGGAGCUGCCCUACCACCUUAUUUGUUCACGGAAGUGGGAGGAACUUCAAAAGAUAAAUCUCAGCAGUGUGGACUGGUUAUGGUGUAAGACUCAGGGCUGUGGAGUGGACGCUGUGAUCCAGGACCUGACGCUCUGCUGUCGUUUGUCUGACUGCCCUGAGACCCAGCUCCUGAGGGACACGUUCCAGCUGCUCAAAUCCACACUGGACUUUCUAGGGGGGCUGACGGACCCCGCCCUCCUCUACACGGAGCUAUUGGCCAGGCUCCACUGCCUCUCCGGCCUGUACCCCUCUCUGAUUGGACGGCUCUGCGGUCAGUGUCAGGACUGGUUCACUUCCUGUCCUCACCCCGUGCUGCUUCCUAAGAGCAGUUUCCUCCCCGCACCAGGGGGGGCGCUGACACACACACUGACCAGCUGCUCAAAAGGGAUCACGGCUGUGGAUCUCUGCUCAGAGAGGCGUGUUUUGGUGGGCGGGGCAGAGGAUGGCAUUUUGGCUGUUUGGAGCUUGGACCAUUUCCAAGUUGUUCACUCCCUCACUGGACACAAAGACGGUGUUGUGUGUGUGAAGCUCUUAAGCCAUGGCCGUCACUGUUUGUCGUCUGGUUGUGAUGGUACGGUGAGGAGGUGGGAUUUGGAGAGAGGGAGAGAGCUCUACUGCAUUUCUGAGGCCGUCUCUCUCUCCAUCAGUCCUUUUGACUCCUCCUGCAUCUCCCCUCUCAGAACUGCACACUUUCACCUGCAGGAGGACACCCACCUGCUCCUCACCAAUUGCAACGGUCAGUUGAAAGCUUGGAAUCUGGACAGUGGGAAGCUGUUGUACGUGCUGUGUGAAACUGGGAUGUUCUCUGUACUGGGAGUGCUGGGAGAGACUGUGGUGUUGUUUUCUGAGGAAGGGCAGCUCUCUUUCUGUGACUCUGUCUCUGGAUCAAGGAAGACCCAGUUGAGUCUGAGCGGUUCUGUCCAGAACCUGUCAGUCUGCGGUGUUCUCACACUGACCAAGCUCAGCAGGCUUCUCCUGACUUUCACCGACGCGUCGCUCUGUAUGGUCAGUGUGGCUGGCAUAGUCUGUCCCCUAUCUCUGCCCUGUCCAGCCUCAUUUCUCUGUGCGUCUGUGGAUGAGAAAAUUCUCCUCACUGGCUGUAAGCAGACAGUGGCUGUGUUUCACGUGAAGCCAAACACAGUGCAGAUGUUCCUGCAGCUGCAGCAUGAGGUCAGAGUUCAAACAGCAGCAUUGAGCAGCCAUGUGAGGGAGGUCAUCACAGCAGCAGAGGACCAUGUCAUACGGGUUUGGUCUUUGACCACUGGGAAUCUUCUGGACUCCUUUAAUGUGAUUGGCUUCCCUGUCACCUCUCUGAUGACAUACAACCGCUUCAUCGUUUCUGCCUCCAUCCGCUGCAGAGAACUCCACCUGUGGAGUCUGGACUACAACUCCCAGCACCGACUUAAAGCCUGUAUGCCACCCCAGUGCCCCCAGGUGACACUGUCUAAAGACGGAGACACAGUUUACUUCGUCAAACCUGGAAACGGGAAAGACAUUUUCACCUGGAGCUCCUCCAAAGGUCUGUCUGGUCACCGCAUGCAGGCGUCUGCAGACGUCUGCUGUCUGGAGCUGGCGCAGCAGAAGCAGCUGCUCAUGUGUGGCCUGACCACAGGAACGAUUCUUAUCUACCCUCUGACCUUUGCCCCCGAGACCCUGUGUUUGCCUCCCCCGGAGAACCUGCCGGCUGUACGGAGCAUGGCAGUUAACCUGAGGGAGGACCGCUUGGCCGUGGCCUAUGAGGACGCUGUGUGUCUGUUUGAGAUCACCUCACGAGACAGCUUCCCCUGUGUGGACGGCCCCUAUGAGAGUUUCUCUCUGUCGCUGCUGCAGUCAUGUGUGUCUGGCAUGGCCCUGCUGCCGGACUGCAGGCUCCUGUAUGGCACCAUCACUGGCGACGUGGCACUGUAUGAUUUUAAAAGCGCCUCGGCAACAGAGCUCGGACAGCUGGGCGCUAGGGUCACCUGCGUGGCUCUGAGCACCUGGGGCACUCACGCUCUGAUUGGCUCACAGGAGUGCGUUCAGCAGCUCUGGAGUCUGAGCCCUCUGCUGCUCGAUCACAUGAUGGAGUACAAGGGUUUCUGUUUUGAGGGAGCAGUGUGUGCGUCAUUUUCGGUGAAUGAUAAAUAUGUUUUCACAGGCUCUCUGGACAGGACUGUUAAAGUGUGGGAGGUUUCCAGUGGGACCUUACUGUGUGUCCAGUUUGUGUACAGUCCAGUGGUACGAAUGAUGUCUUAUAAAGAUGGGUUUGUGGCUGUCUCCCAGUCCGGCUGCUUUGUCAGGGAGGGCUUCCGUUGCCCGGACAACAUCAGCCGUGAGCACAACCCUCUGCAGAACUUCAGAGCUCACUACACAGUAAAAUCUCGCCUGAAGACACAGAACCCUCCACAUACUGUCAUUGACACCCUGGAUUAUAAUCCCGCCCAGUUUAACUUUACGAGUGUGUUCAAGACUCAGCCAUCCAACACAUGCAGUCUACUGUGA